GUGCUCAGCCUCACCCUCUGUUCUUUACUCACAGUGACUGACCCUCAUCACCCCUGCUCCUCUUAUUCUUUCUCUGCUCCACCUUCCAGAAGUCUGUUGAUCCCUGUGGGCCAAGUGAGAGCAAUCCUCCCAUGUGACUGGUCAACAUGGCAAGCAGGACAGAAGGGACACAGCUAUGUCUGUGGGGGUGAAAUCCUUUAACUGACAUUGUAAAGCCUUCUUAUUCUUCUGGAAGGAUAGAAGGACCCACAUCCCAACGCAGCAGGUACAAUGUGGGGGUCCACCAGGCGAUGCUUCCUAACCUCAGUGGGGAUCCUGUGGCUCUUCUUCAUUUUGAAAAUCCCUAGGGAAAUUGAAGAUGACCAAAAGAUGGAGACCAGUAGCAGCCGUAAGACCCCGAGACCACUAGAAGACUGGCAAACCAUCACCUUCAAAUAUCUGGAAAAAAUCCAACGCAGAAGAAAGACAUGGCUCACAGUGGGGAUCUCCUCAGCGUCACAAUGGACUCCGAAUGCCCUCUUGUACACAUUGGUCUCCCUGUACCAAGCCUCCUCUCCGGAGGAGGAGAAACACCUCACUGUACUGGUCCACCUGGCGGAUUCUGACCUCUUCUGGCUCAAAGAAACCAUUGCCCAAAUUUCAAGACUCUUCAGUCCACAGAUCUUGGCCGGGCAGUUGCUACUGAUCCACGCUCCAUCUGAUGUCUAUCCCUCUGUGAAUGGCACCCAGAAUGAGGCCAGUCGAGAGGAAUUGUACUCCAAGCAGAACGUGGAUCAUGCCUUCCUCAUGAGCUUUGCCACAAAUCUCUCUACUUACUUCCUGUUAAUCGAGGACAAUGUCUUUUGUUCCCCCAACUUUGUCACCCAAAUCCAUUCACAGGUGGCCACCAUGAAGUCCAGUCCGUGGGUGAUACUGGAGUUCUCGGACAUAGGCUUCCUUGGCAAACUCUUCCACAGCACGGACCUCCCACUGCUGGCCCAUUUCCUGCUCCUCUUCCACCAGGAGAAACCCCUUGACAAACUGCUCCUUCAUUUCCGCACCCUUAUGGUCCAGGAGAAAUCAAUCAUCUGCAGACCAUUUCUUUUCUAUUACAGGAUGUCCCACCCCACCUUUGAUGACAACCAAAAGGCCACACUGGAUCGGGAAACCGACCCUUUUGGUCCCGACAACCCCCCUGCUGCCGUUUUCACAGAUAUGACAGUUUCUAAUGUCCACUUCCCCUGGGAGGCCUACACUCUGGAUGAGUCCUACUUCUGGACGCACGAUGUUAAUGUAGGGGACCACUUGACCGUGAUCUUGAACCAUCCAUCGAACUUGACAAAAGUGCAGGUGAUGACAGGCUCCAUCAUGGAGGGAAAGUACGCCCUGAAGAAGGGGCAGGUGGAGCUGGGCUACGACCCCGAGGGGAUGCCUCAGUACUGUGCCUCGUUUUUCGUGCUGGGCCAUCUGGUGGAGGGGCAGCUGUCUCAGGAGAUAGUUCCAAAAAGCAUGGGACACCAAGUGAACUGUGUGAGGCUGGUGGCCAAAGCCAAACAGGAUGGGGGCCUCAUGAUCAGGCACAUCUACCUCUGGGAAGAAAAGGCCAAGAAGGAAAAGCUCAUCAGAGACGGCGGUACAUCAUUAAAAGUAUGAAAAAAUUAAAGUCAUGAAGCCAUUCC